UGGUGAGACUGUUGGUAUUUGAAGGCCUCGCCAUGCGUGCUGUCGUGUUUCGCGGGUAAAGUGACUUUCUUCAAUGCCGUGUGCAGUAGUAUAAAACAACGUUUUGUUUUACCCGAAACCUAAGUGAAAAAGAUAAGUUAUUGUGAAUAUUGGCCAGGAACUCGUGCUAAAAUUCAAGAUGAUGUCCAUGGAAUCAAACGCAAACGGUCAAAUGCAUUCAGACAUUUCUUCCUCGAAGGGCUCUAAGUCGAUUGCCUACGAGGUUUGGUUCAUGCCUGUUGUAAACGCACGCAAGCCAAAUGUUUCACCAAUGAAGGGCAACAAAAACAUCAGCAAAGACGACCUGAAAGUUAAGAUUGAAAGAGCAGCGGAGCGAAAAAAGAAACAAGAGGAAAAUAUCAAAGCAAGACAGGCGGCAAAAGCAGCUCAUAUCAAACAUGUACAAGACCUUGCAAACCAACAGAUUCGACAGACGGAGGAGAAAAUCAAGCAAAAGAUGGAAGCAUAUCGAGAAAACAAGGAGGCUAUAGAGAAGGAGACCCAGGAGAAACUGCUAGCCAAAGAUGAACAUGUAAAAACAGUUCAAGCACAGGCACAGGUUAUGGCAGAGGAGCACUCAAAGGUAACAGAGGAAAAGUUGCAACAAAAAUUUGCUGCAAGCAAGGAGAUAAUUGAGGAGCUGCGAAGUGCAAAGGAAGAAAAGCUACAAGCCCAUGAGAGACGUGUUAGAGUAGCACAGUCGAUCGCACAAGAACAGAUAGAGCAGCAGUCAAAGCUGAUAGAGGAGAAAAUAAUGCAGAAAAUGGAGAUGACGAAAGAGAAGAGGGAUAGCUACAUGGAGGCUCUUAAGACCAGACUGCAUGAGAAAAGCCUUGAUGUUGAGCAGAAACGGCAAACUAUGGAGGAGAUUCAAAUGUUCCAGCGCAAAAUUCUUGAAGAAAAGCUGCAGCAUAAAAUGCAGAAGUACGAGGACAACAGGAAGGCACAAAUGAAGGCCAAGCAAGAUCAACUUGAUGCACAUAAGCAACACCAUGAGCAAGUUCGCUCAAAAGCAAUGGAGAGAAAGCUCAGGUCAAAGCAUGGUUGAUGAGACGAUGAACUGUGAAUUCUGUUCUUAUUGACACAGAAAUCCCCCUGCCAAGGUGCUGUAUUUGUACCAAGGUGUUACCACGCUCUGAUAAUUUGAGCUUAAAUCAAUGUGUGAAGUGAAUAUAUUUAUCAUUUAUCUAUUUAUGAAAUUUAUUGGAGUUUUCAGAUCUUCUUAUAAAAACUUUCUAAUUUAGAAACAUAACAAUGCUAUCUGCUAUUUCUCAAGCUAAUGCAUACAUGCUUUUGCAAGAAAAAAUCUUAUCAAUAACAAUCAAAUUAUAAUGAGUACUUUGAGAACCAUAAAAUACUUGCAUGAUUCUGUGCUUUUGUAUUUUCUAAUAAAUGCACAAAAAAAACCCACAAAA